AUGCCAGUCCUCCUGUUCACUGUCGCUCCGCAAGGUGUUGGUCAUCUUCACGACCUCCUAACCUGCUUAGCAAAAUUCGACGAAGAUGUAUCUCUCGAGGCAACGCCUCAGUUCCUCCGCAUUUCGAGUCUGAAUAUCUCCAAAACAGCCCAUGCCGCCUUCACACUCGGUUCGUCCUUCUUCACCAAGUAUCACUUUUCUCCUGGACCAAGGAGUGCAUCAGGUCCUCCAUUGCCCAAGAUUUGGACAUGCAAACUGCAAAACAGAGCUCUCCUGUCAAUCUUCAAACGUCGCUUAGCGGAUCAACGGGAUAGAGAUACUGCACUGGAAACAUGCGAAUGUGAACUGCAAGCGAACCAAGACCAGGCGGAAUGUCGACUCAUCUUCCGCCUGAACUGUCGACAGGGUGUCGUCAAGACCUAUAGACUCUUUUAUGAACCUGGGGAUAUCCUCCACGCCGCAUUCGACAAGGCUGGAUCCGCCAACUACUGGACCGUCGCGUCACGGACAUUGCGCGAUGUAGUCGAGUACUUUGGACCGAAAACAGAUCAAUUAGACUGGUACUUCCAGAGUGGGAAGGUCACUUUCACAAGCUACACUGAGAAGAUUCAGAGCGGAAGAGAGAUCCUGAAGCAACCAAUGCAUACCUCCGUAGCGCUCGAACGCAAAGACUUCAACGACUUUAACGUCCAGGAAGGUCUCCAUAUCGGCAUCAUGGUCAAGGAUUUCCGCGCCAUUGUUGCGCAUGCAGAAUCCAUGAGAGCGCUCGUCACGGCACGGUACUCGCGAGGCAACCGCCCAAUGCAGAUCAGCUACGAAGACAACGGCUUCCUGGCUGAAUUCACGCUCAUGACCCGCGGCAGCACAAAUGUUCCAAGUGCCUCGAAUGGAAGCACACCGGCACGAGAUCUCUCAUUGCGUCCAGGAUCACGACCUCCCGAAACGCCAGCUUCUGCAGCACCUACCCUCCCAGCCAGCAGUCGUCCCGCCGACACUGCAACUAUGCCACCACCAGCACGUACGUCGUUCCGCGAUCCCGAUACUGCAGCAUCGAACCUCUCAAAUACACAGUCUGGAGAUAGCGCGCCUCCGCCUGCUGGCAGUCUCAAUCCAGACAGCCUCUUCAUCCCUGCAGAUGAUGAUGAUCAGCAAUGGGACGCACCCAACUUUGAAGAAGAGCCCGAUAUAGUGACCUGGGACAAUACCGCCGACGAAGUGUCUGCGUCAGCCUCUACACGUCGCAUCCGUGACUCAGAGCUGCAUUCUUUUGCAUCAAUGCAGGAACACGACCGUCGCACAAACAUUCCGACAUCUAGAUUUCCACAUGAGAUCGCUCCCACGCAGCGUCUUUCUCAAGUUCGUGGCAUCUUCGACUGA